AUGGAUGCUUUGUACGAGCUACAUGUGCAAUUGGAGCCCGAAACUCUCACUAUUAAGUGGCAUGUAAGAAAGAAACAACAUUAACACGUCCGGCACGUGCUAUUUUUCAGUCUUUUUACAAGCAUGUUCUCGAGCAUGAGCAAGAAUUUGGCCCGCUGUAUACUACUGAACCUUACGAACGAGAACAUAAGACAAUAAUGACCAGCGUUCAUCACCAAUCUACGAACAGCGAGAAGUUAUUGAUAACAAGGGAAAACUUUGUCGCCACCUCUGUCACUGCAUUUCUUGUUGCAGGUACAUGGCACGACGAGACUGUGCUCUUCUCAUGGAUAAUCUGGAAUGGGCGUUGUCUUCGGAGAAGAAAAAGGACUUUUGCAACUCAAGGAAAACCACUCGCGAAAGGUGAAUUUAAACGUUAACAUAUUAAUGCCGACGUGAUUUUUGCAGUUGCCCCGAAGUGCGUCACAGUUCCAAUGUCAUUCAAAGGGAACAGUUGACGGCGCAUCACCGAGCGCUGCUACGACAACUUCUUCUUCCAGAUAAUUGCACAUUAAGGUAAUGCUCGUAAAUUGCUGCUCGCGAAUUAACAGUGCAUUACAGGAAGAGGGGGUCGUAUGUGAGCAGAUCCGGUCGAUUUAUUGUGGCGGCACCCGCCUACUGGAGCAGCGGAAGUACUGAUCAAUCAACCAUUUGUUGGACCGACCCGACAGACAACAGCAUCAGAUUUGGCAACUGCGAAAUUAUCUUCACAAAUUCUGUUAACGUUCCCUUUCUAAUUGCUCGAGAAUUUGAAACCGAAAGCUAUCGCGAAACUCUAUCCUCCCUGUACAAUUCCGCUCUUUCCCCGGCUUCAUCUAAUCUUCUCACCCUUUGUACUAAUUUCCCCACUACUUUUGCGAAAGUUGUUGGUUAUUCACUAUCAGUGGUUCCGUUCGACUCUCUGCUUUCCCCCGCAUAUUUGGUGAGGGUUGAGAAUGAUUUAUAUGUAAAAAUGUAUCGAUAAUAGCAAUCUUUUCUUACUAGUUCACGGGUCAAUCCCGCACAUCUCUUUUCUAAUUAUGGCGCUGUCUUCUCACAGAACAAUUCAGAUGGAAUCAUCCUUCACUUCUCUCACUCCACUUCGUAAUGUACAUCUUCUGGAUGGUACUAAUUUCUGUUCAAAUUAACAUGAAAUGAGUAGCAAUUAUUUCAGGGCCACGCGAAACGCCAAGAUACUUCGACGGUGGUGGAAGAGGCUUCCAAAUCGAGCAUCGCGACGAAGCACCGAGACUAGGAACAUCUUCCCAGCUCAUCCGAGACUCUCCCAACUCGUUCCCUGCGAUUACCGCCGAAUACCCUGGAGAACAAAUGCCACGUGGAGUGUACGGAUACGGGCCUCACCCCCAUUUCGAUCGAAGAGACCAGUAUUCAUCGAUUCUGUCCCAUUCUGAGAAGACACCGAUUUCUGGUGAGCCAUAAUCAUUCCACUGUACACAAUACACGGUUACUUUGCAGUAAUGCUAUCCUCCUGCUUGGAAAAUGGCUUGUUUAACGUGGAGAAGGCAGGCCGAAUAGUUCAUGAAGCGUACCGAACGAGAACUCCAAAAGUUAAAGAGGAAAUCGAGUCGUUUCUCGCGAAGAAUGCCUACAAGUUCACUGGUCCAAUGAUUAUCGGCGAGCCCGAUUUGAUGAACCCCGAUUGGCAUCAGAUUAUGACCUGUGGACAACAACUUCUGGUUACUAAACCAUCUAAACCAAAUAAAAUAACAAUUUCAGAACCAUUUCAUCUGUGCGCAACAUCAGAAGGUGAUCAACCUCUCAGCGAAGAACUGUGAAGAGUUCAGAGACGUAGGUGGCGCUGUCUACAAUGUUACCGGGAUCUUCCAUUACCCACGAGAGCCACCAUUCUCCGUGAGCUGGAUCCGUAUUUAUACGAAUGCAGAACAUCGUUUUUAGGGCGAGCAAAUCAGCCUCCUCGGAAUAAACCCAUCAAAUCAGUCUGCUCACAUUCGUCUCAAGUCGAUGCUAUUCCACGUACUUUCACGAGUAUGUCACAUUUUAAGUGUUAUCAAAUAUCAAAUUGAAUCUAUUUUUAGAGUUGCACUCAGCAGUGCGACAUUCAGUCGGUAACGUGGAUUCUGCCGAAUGAGAAAAACUCGAAGGGGCCAAACCGACGCGACUUCCCGGAUGACUUGUAUGUCACGCUUAGGGGUUAGUUAUCUUCCGAUUCUCAUAAGUUUAUCGAUUUCACCACGUUUCUUUUUUUAGACCUCUUCCUCCAAUUUUUUUCGGACUCGACUACGGGGAGUUGGAUGCUCCUUACCGAGACGAAUUCAGCACAUUGAAAUGCCUGCAGUCAUACGGAGACGACAACAGCAAGAAAAAAAUAUUUCAAAUUUCUUGCUCACACACGAUACAGUUACCUAACAACCACUUUCAGAACUGCUCUCAAGCAGGCUUUGUGAGUCAAUCUUUCUAUUUCUUUUUGAAAAUAUGAUUUCUUUUCAGAGUUGAACUACGCCACGGCACAUUUCUGCCACCUGUCAUUGGUCAAAAGUACGGUCGAUUCGUAUAUCGCAAGGUAAUAUUACUGUUUUCUAACACUGUUAUGUUUUCUCCUUUUGCAGCGCCACACGACGACUCCGUCGACAUCUUUUUCGCAUCAGUUGAUGCCGUAUCAAUUGACGGCUCAAGAAACAGAGGACACCGAGAGACAAGAGUUUCACGACACCAAUGUCGCCGUUCUCACUGAAGCUCCAACGAGUGUCGACGAUUCGGACAAACUCGGCGAAACGAUCAUUUCAAAAGAAGCCUCUUUGCCGAAGAAAAAUAAUGGAAAGAAUUCCGGACGCCGCCGUCACAACUCGCAAAAGGACAAGGAGGAGGAAGAGACCGACGGGCAAGCUGCUCCAGCGAAAAGAGCAAACAUUCGCCGAACUCGUCGAAACAUCUGA